UCGUUAUAAGAACAGCGCCAUCUUUGUCUCCCAGAACUAGACGUUCUCGUCGGAUAACCAGUCACUUCACUCUGCCACCAACCUCUCAGUCAUCCACUUAUCUUCUGACUGUUGUCCUCAGUGGCUUUCUGAAGAAUCGGGAUGCAAGCGAUUAAAUGUGUAGUCGUGGGAGAUGGCGCCGUGGGGAAGACAUGCCUUCUCAUUUCAUACACCACCAAUGCGUUUCCUGGAGAAUACAUUCCAACGGUGUUUGACAACUACUCUGCUAAUGUGAUGGUCGAUGGCAAAACGAUCUCGCUCGGAUUAUGGGAUACCGCUGGACAAGAGGAUUAUGACCGACUCCGCCCGCUGUCAUACCCUCAAACGGAUGUCUUUUUGAUUUGCUUUUCCCUAGUCAGUCCUCCAAGCUAUGAGAACGUUAGGACCAAGUGGUUCCCCGAGAUAUCCCAUCAUGCACCGCAGACCUCCGUCGUACUGGUUGGGACGAAACUUGAUCUACGUGAAGACCCUGCGACGAUAGAGAAACUCCGGGACCGUCGUAUGGCGCCAAUCCAGUACGCUCAGGGAGUUGCGAUGUCCAAAGAUAUUGGAGCAGUGAAAUAUUUGGAGUGCUCCGCGUUGACACAGAAGGGCCUCAAGACUGUCUUUGACGAAGCCAUCCGGGCAGUCUUGAAUCCACCUCCACGGACAGACAGGGGGAGAAACAAAGCGUCAAAGUCGUGCAUUAUUGCUUGAGGGCCAGAUGUAUGCGGUUGGAUGGUGGCAUACAUAUAAUAUCACGCCAUUUAUGUUUCUAUUCGACUUUGACCUGUAUGCUUUUUGACUUUGCUUCUUUACACUUUUGAUGCUACCGACGGAUGCUUGUUUUUUUUUGUGUUCAAACAUUCUUGUUGCCUGGGACGUGCAAUGGUGGGCGUAAACAAGCAACCGCG